GGGAGGGGAAAUAUGGAAUAUAAAAACGGGAGAUUAAAUGAUGUCAUAAGUAACGCAAUAGAGCAGUAGCAAAAGAAAAAGACGGUUAUAGUUUCUAUUUUAAAGAUUAUAUUUUUUUAACUUUAUUCAUUUCGACUUCCAGAGAUACGCGCACGGACUUAUAUCUAUGUCGAUUAGGUGCGCCAUGUUUGUGUGUGUGUGUGUGUAUGUGAAUGUGUGCAUGUGUAUAUGUAUAUGUAUAUGUAUAUGUGUGUGUGUGUUUGUGUAUGUAUAACAUAUGUGAGAAUGAAUUUGUGCUUCGAGUGUGUGUAUCUGUUGCGUGUACGCGUGGGUGUGUUCAAUGACGCCCAUCUUUUCGUAUCUCAUAGCGGAUGGAUCGUAAAAUGAUUUUUUUCUUUUGCCUCCUACGAAUCUUUCGCGAGUUUUUUUACGCGUUUUAUAAUCGACAAACAAACGAAUGAACGAACAAAUGGACAUAUGUAGUACAAAUACACACAUAUACACACGCUCCGGCGCGCGCGCGCGCGCGCAUGCAUACACAUAUACACAUAAAUGUAUACACGGACGUAUAUCACACACUCUUAUGGAUUUUACGCGAAAUGCUUCGCAAGGGGCACACGAAAUAUUUAUAUUACGAUCGUCGAUUUCAAAUACGAAAGGUCGGCCAUCGUUUACUAAACUCGUCACUUCGUAUAUGUAUGUAUAACAAAUAGGGUGCUUCGUACAUCUACUCAACCGUUAAAAAAAUAAAUAUAUAUAUAUAUAUAUAUAUAAAUAAAUAAAUAAGUAAAUAAAUAAAUAAGUAAAUAAAUAAAUAAUAAAAAGGAAAAAAAGAAAAAAAAAAUAUUACGAACGCCAUGCUUCUUGACGAACGUACGAAAGGAUCGUUUUAAAAUACGUAUACUGUAUAUUCAUGCGCAUAUAUAUAUAUAUAUAUAUACACACACACACACACACACACACACAUACACACAUGUAUGCGCACAUAUACUCUCCUGUGAUUGAUUGCUUUGUGUGAGUGUGAACGUAUGGUGUGUAUAAUUUAUAUACAUAUACAUGAAUAUUUAGUAACGAGAUAACAAUUAACGAGAAACGAUUCUUCGAUUGCUAUUCCAACAUGGUCGAACAAACACGAAUAUUAACAUUUUUGUAAAACGAAAACAGGAAAAAGAAAAAGAAAAAUAAAAAGAAAAAAACACGAUUACGAAUAUAUAUAUAUAUAUAUAAUAUAUUCAUUGAUAAUAUCGAAUGAAUGAAGAGCAAUCGAUUCUCGAUACUAAUCUUGUUGCAAACCUAGUUAGCUUAGGUAGGCAAAUAAUUGUGUGUACAUAUAUAUUUAAUUAACAUUAACGUUGUAUGUAUAUCUCGAUAUCGCGCAUUACCGGAACACGGUGCAUUUAUUUAUUAUCGGGGAGGAUCUGGAUCGGCCGAUGGAAUUAGCUGAUUAGGGGCCUAUGAAUGUAUACAAAAAGGAAAUAAAACAUUGAAAAAAAAUCAAGAGACGAUGCAAAGAACUGUUAAAAAAAUGAAAAAAAAAAAAAAAAUGAAAAAAAGAAAUGAAAAAAAAAAAAGAAGUUGAUAACAGUCAGAAGUUUUCUACCUUAUCGAAUGAGGGUAAAGAAGGAAAAAGAAAAAAGAGGAAAAGAUAAAUGAGUGACAAACGGAAAUGAAAAGAUUCAUCGAAGAAUCGUUCGUCGAUAAUAUAGAUAUCGUGGUUAUCUCUCUCGAGAAGAAAUUCAUAUCGAUUACGAAGUUUCAUCUUCCUCGCGUGUUCGCCACUAUUUUUGUAGUAGAGGUCGAGACACGAAGGGAAACGUUGCGUGAGAGAGUUCAGUACGGCUCGGGCUUUAGUCGGAUCGAGCUCUGGCCUCUAAUUUCUGUUCUCUCCGCAUCGCUGCAUCGUGUAAAUAUCCGACGUCCAUCAUCGAAGUAGUCUCCCCUUGUUAUUAAUAAAUAUUUAAAUACGAUAACUUAAUUAAUUUAAUUUACAUUUAAUAAGAGAACUUAAUAAAAAGAAAGAAGUGUUCAAUGAGAAGAUAAAACGUCUUCUAUUAAAGAGAAAAAAAAAAGAAGAAAAAAAAAGAAGAAAAAAAAAAGAAAAAAGAAAGAAAGAAAAAGAAAAAAAAAAGAAAAAGGAGAAAAAGAAAAUGCCUUAAGAAGAAAGAAGAGAUAUUGAAUAGAAAAUAUUGGAUCUUAUAACACCGACUUUUUUUUAAUAAAUAGGUGAAUAAAACAAGAAAUUGGAGAAUAACGAUCAUCGAUAGUUAUCGGAGUUAUAAUUUUUACAACGAAUAAAUAGAAAAACGUUUACAAAUAUAUCUAUAAUAUAGAAAGUUCGAAUAAUCGAAGAUGCAGUCGAUAAGAGCCCAGCAAGUCUUGUCAAAACACAAAACGAUACUACAUACAUGGAGAGUCAGCAAGAAUUUAUUCGCCAGCGAUGUUCAGUACAAACCUAUCAGAAGUGUUUUGGUGGCAAAUCGAGGGGAGAUCGCUAUUCGUGUUUUUCGUGCUUGCACCGAACUCGGCAUUCGUUCGGUAGCUAUUUAUUCGGAACAAGAUAAAAUGCAAAUGCACAGACAGAAGGCCGAUGAAGGUUACUUAGUUGGAAGAGGCUUACCACCGGUCCAAGCUUAUCUCAAUAUACCGGAGAUUAUACAAGUAGCUAAAGAGAAUGACGUUGAUGCCAUUCAUCCAGGCUAUGGUUUCCUCUCAGAAAGAUCAGAUUUUGCUCAAGCUGUGAUCGAUGCUGGAUUAAGAUUUAUCGGACCUAGUCCGAAGGUCGUUCAACAAAUGGGAGACAAGGUGGCUGCCAGACAAGCUGCUAUAGCAGCUGGAGUACCGAUCGUUCCAGGAACGGACGGUCCAGUGAGGACUACCGACGAAGCCAUGGAAUUUUGUAUGAAACACGGCCUUCCCGUAAUAUUCAAAGCUGCUUAUGGAGGUGGAGGGCGAGGUAUGCGUGUCGUCAAACAAAUGGAAGAGGUUCGUGAAAUGUUCGAACGUGCAUCGUCCGAGGCAAAGGCAGCUUUUGGAGACGGUGCUAUGUUCAUCGAGAAGUUCAUCGAAAGACCAAGGCAUAUUGAGGUACAAUUACUCGGUGAUCAAGCCGGUAAUGUUGUACAUCUUUACGAACGCGAUUGUUCGGUUCAACGUCGGCAUCAAAAGGUUGUGGAAAUUGCACCUGCGCCACGAUUGGAUGUCAAAGUAAGGAAUAAGAUGACUGAAUACGCCGUAAAACUAGCAAAACACGUUGGUUAUUCGAACGCUGGUACCGUUGAGUUUCUAGUCGAUGAAUCAGGAAACUUUUACUUUAUCGAAGUUAAUGCUAGGCUACAGGUCGAACAUACGGUUACGGAAGAGAUCACCGGGAUUGAUCUUGUCCAAUCUCAAGUACGAAUCGCCGAAGGGAUCACUUUACCUGAGCUUGGUAUGACGCAAGAGAAAAUUGUUCCUCAAGGUUUUGCCAUUCAGUGUCGUGUUACGACCGAAGAUCCAGCAAAAAAUUUCCAACCAGAUACUGGAAGGAUUGAAGUCUUUCGAUCAGGAGAGGGUAUGGGAAUUCGAUUGGAUGGUGCAUCUGCUUUUGCUGGUGCUAUUAUAUCACCUUACUAUGAUUCCCUUCUCGUUAAGGUGAUAAGUCACUCCGCAGAUCUUCAAUCGUCCUGCGCUAAGAUGAAUCGCGCAUUACGUGAAUUUCGAGUUCGUGGUGUGAAAACCAACAUACCAUUCUUACUUAACGUUUUGGAGAAUCAAAAAUUCCUCAACGGGAACGUCGACACCUAUUUCAUCGAUGAGAAUCCACAAUUGUUCCAAUUUCAACCGAGUCAGAAUCGAGCUCAAAAGUUAUUGAAUUAUUUAGGAACCGUUCUCGUCAAUGGACCUAGCACACCAUUGGCUACUACUCUAAAACCAGCAGAGAUCAAACCUCACGUUCCACAGAUCGCUUUAGACUUUGCUAAGCUUGCAGCUGCAGAGGAGAACAGUGAUCCAGAUACACCAGACGUUAUGGAUCCACCGAAAGGUUUUCGUCAUAUCUACAAAGAACAGGGACCAGAAGCAUUUGCCAAAGCCAUUCGUCAACACAAAGGUGUACUACUGAUGGACACGACAUUCCGUGAUGCACAUCAAUCUCUCUUAGCUACACGCGUCCGAUCUCACGAUCUUCUAACGAUCUCACCCUUUGUGGCACAUAAAUUCAACAAGCUUUAUUCCUUGGAGAACUGGGGAGGUGCAACCUUCGACGUAGCAUUAAGAUUUUUACACGAGUGCCCGUGGGAACGUUUGGAAGAUAUGCGUAAAGCCAUUCCCAAUAUUCCUUUCCAAAUGUUAUUAAGAGGUGCUAAUGCAGUCGGUUAUACAAAUUAUCCGGACAAUGUUGUUUUCAAAUUUUGCGAAUUAGCCGUUCAAAUGGGUAUAGACGUUUUCAGAGUGUUCGAUUCUUUGAAUUACAUGCCUAACUUGAUCAUCGGAAUGGAAGCAGUUGGUAAAGCCGGUGGAAUCAUAGAGGCCGCGAUUUCAUAUACAGGAGAUGUCAGCAAUCCGGAACGUAAAAAGUACGAUCUAAAAUAUUACACGGAUUUGGCAAAUGAAUUGGUCAAGGCUGGCACUCAUGUCCUGGCGAUCAAAGAUAUGGCAGGCCUUUUGAAACCAAAAGCUGCAACAAUAUUGAUCGACGCUAUCAGACAAAAAAAUCCUGAUGUGCCAAUUCAUAUCCAUACUCAUGAUACCGCAGGUGUCGGGGUUGCAUCGAUGCUGGCCUGUGUUGAAAGUGGAGCCGAUGUUGUUGACGUUGCUGUUGACAGUAUGUCUGGAAUGACUAGUCAACCUUCCAUGGGAGCCAUUGUCGCGUCAUUACAAGGUACACCAAACGAUACCAAUCUGGAACUAAACGAUGUCUCGGAAUAUUCGGCUUAUUGGGAACAAACUAGAACGCUUUAUGCACCUUUUGAAUGUACUACGACGAUGAAGUCAGGAAAUGCUGAUGUAUAUUUGAACGAAAUUCCAGGAGGUCAAUAUACAAAUCUUCAAUUCCAAACGUAUUCCCUUGGAUUGGGUCAAUUCUUUGAGGAUGUCAAAAAGGCAUAUAGGGAAGCCAAUCUGUUACUCGGAGAUAUCAUUAAAGUUACACCUAGCUCAAAAGUAGUAGGCGAUUUGGCGCAAUUCAUGGUACAAAAUAAACUCUCUUCUAAAGAUGUACUUAACAAGGCCGAAGAAUUGUCUUUUCCGAAGUCGGUAGUUGAAUUCCUACAAGGUGCGAUUGGUGAACCUCAUGGUGGAUUCCCUGAACCUUUUAGAUCUAAGGUUCUGAAAGAUAUGCCAAGAGUAAAGGGUAGACCAGGAGAGAACUUGGCACCUUUAGAUUUUGCCAAUUUAAAGAAAGAAUUACAAGAAAUCUAUCCACAUGUUACGGAAAAGGAUGUUAUGUCUGCAGCCUUAUAUCCUAGCGUGACGAACGAUUACUUAAACUUUAAAGAAAAAUUUGGUCCGGUAGACAAACUUGAAACUAGAAUUUUCCUCACAGGGCCAAAGGUAGGCGAAGAAUUUGACAUAACUAUAGAGAAGGGUAAAACGUUAGCCAUUAAAACUUUGGCAGUUGCCGAAGAUCUUACGAAAAAUGGUGAACGUGAAGUAUUCUUCGAAAUGAAUGGUCAAUUGAGAUCUGUAUUCAUUAAGGAUAAAGAGGCUGUUAAGGAACUUCACGUACAUCCAAAAGCGGAUAAAAGUAAUAAAAAUCAAAUUGGAGCUCCUAUGCCUGGUACCGUCAUUGAUAUCAGAGCAAAAGUUGGUGAUACGGUAGACAAAGGUGCACCUUUGAUUGUCUUAUCUGCGAUGAAAAUGGAGAUGGUAGUGCAGGCACCAAAGGCAGGAAAAAUAAAAACGGUAGAUGUUAGUCAAGGAGUAAGAGUGGAAGGAGAUGAUCUUCUUGUGACCCUUGAAUAAGAUGAGCCAAAAUUAUAGAAUAUUCAUUAGUCAUUUUUUUACAUAAUUCGUUACAACAGAAAAUCUCUCUGCAUUACAUUAUUUUCAUAAUACAUAUGUUCUUCGCCCUUUCUAAAAUUUUAUCAAUCACGGACUAUUAAAUAUCGAGAACACUUUCGAAUAUUUACAAAAAAUACAUUAUUUUUCACAUUCUUCUCUUCUUCUUCAUCUUUGUUAGAAUAUUUAUAAUUUCAAUGAUGCUAUAAUAGCAAAAAAAUUUUUAAUAUACGUAUAUAAUACUGCCUAAAAUGUAAUUCAAUUGUGCCUAAAAUGUCAAUUCAUAUUAGAGAUAUAUGUAUGCUUUAUAAAAUAUUCACAAAACAAAAAGAAUUGGUUGCAUUAAAGUAAUAGAUUUUUUAUAUUCUGAUAUACAUAAAUG